CACUUUUAUUAUUAUUUGUUAACAAAACCAUCAAAACAAAACCUAAGGGAAUGAGUAAUCACCUAUGGUAAUCACAGUCAAAACUAUUGAUAAUCACAGAUUGAUAAUUAAAAUGAUGAAAAAACUGAUCUAGAGUAAUAAUUGCUAAUAUCGAAGACUUUUCAACAAUAAUUGUGAUUUGUUAGGUUUCGAGUUGAACGAGAGGAGCAAAUAUGUUAUUUGAAAAUAAAAACAAAUGUCUUGAAAAAAUACUGAAUCUAGAUUAUGAUGAGGCAUGUUUGGACAUCUCCAAUCACCUUAAUCAAACUGUUCAAAUAAGGGGUCAAUAUGAAGAAUGCCACAAUUGCAAAUUUCAGAAUUUAACAAUAGUGCCACCUUUAUCUAAUAAUAUAUCUUUGUUAAUAAAUACCCGUUCCCCUUUACAAAUAUAUGGAGAUUUCAAUGAAUCUUGCAGGUACACAAAGCUGUUCUAUGAACAUUAUAGAUAUGGUUGGAAUAUUACUUCCACUUCAAAAUGUGAUUUAAUUUAUAUUAAGGAGCCAGCAGAUAAUUCUUAUUUGCCAAUUCUUAUGGCAUUCAUCAUACUGUUCAGUUUCGGAACAUUUUGGUAUAUGGUUAAAUGUAUUUAUAAGAAUAGUGGAAGGUUGAGACGAGUUUUAGCUUGGAGUACUGAACUUGAAGAGGAUCUGACAGGUUCAUCACCAUUAGUUAUCGAAAGACCUCCAUCAAUUAGAAAACAUCCACAUAGAAUCAAAUCUAUAGAUGUUUUUAGAGGUCUAUGCAUUAUUCUUAUGAUCUUUAUUAAUUAUGGUGGAGGUCAAUACUGGUUCUUCAAGCAUUCAGUUUGGAAUGGUUUAACUAUUGCUGAUCUAGUUUUUCCUUGGUUUAUGUGGAUUAUGGGACUCUCUUUAACAAUCUCGUUACAAAAUAAAUUAAGAAGGGCAGUUCCCAGACGUACAUUAGUUUUCCAAGUAAUUAGGAGGACUCUUCUUCUCAUAUUCUUGGGAAUAGUAAUUAAUUCAAGCAAACACAAUCUAACUAUUGCAAAAUUGAGAUUACCUGGUGUCUUACAAAGAAUCGGAGUAACUUACCUAAUUGUAGGAAUGCUAGAAAUUAUAUUUACUAAGAGAAUCGAAAUUGAUAGUAUUUCAUGUGUUUAUGAUAUAACUCAAGCCUGGCCUCAGUGGCUGUUUGUAUCAAUGUUGGUAGCAAUUCAUACUUGUAUUACCUUCUUAGUAAAUGUACCAGGUUGUGGAAAAGGAUAUUUAGGGCCUGGAGGAUUAGAUGAUGGUGGAAGUUACUUCAAUUGUACUGGAGGUGCUGCUGGUUAUAUUGAUAGACAAGUAUUUGGUGAGCACAUGUAUAAACAUCCUGCAUGCCAAAGAGUGUAUGAAAACAACGUGUAUUUUGAUCCUGAAGGCAUCUUAGGAACAUUAACAGCUGUUCUAACAGUGUAUUUAGGAGUGCAGGCUGGCAGAACCUUGAAUACCUAUCAAAACGUUAAAGCAAAAAGUAUCAGAUGGAUUGUAUGGGGAUGUGUCACAGGUUUAUUGGGAGGCGCACUAAGUACAUUUUCUAUGAAUAACGGACCCAUACCCGUUAAUAAACAAUUGUGGUCCCUUUCGUUUGUCCUAGUUACUGGUGGAAUGGCAUUCGUUAUUCUAGCUUUUCUGUUUAUCAUAGUGGACAUCUUGAGAAAAUGGGGUGGUAGACCAUUCUUUUACCCCGGCAUGAACGCCAUCUUUCUCUAUGUAGGUCACGAGUUGCUCAGAAACACUUUCCCGUUUGGAUGGAUCCCCACAGCUCAAACCCAUGCAGCAUAUUUGUUUAUGAACUUAUGGGGUACCGGCUUAUGGGUGGCUAUAUCUAUUUAUCUGUAUAAGCAUGACACUUUCUUUACAAUUUGAGUAAUAAUAAUAAUAACAGUUACGUAUUUGUUAAAGUUACUAAUAGUAUAUAUAUAAUUUGAGUUGAAUAGAUUAAGUAUUUCGAAUAGUGUAUAGUGUAUUUGAUAAAUACCAUUGUUUAUUAAUAUUGCAAUUAUAUACUAAUACUCCAUUUAGUGAACUUUUGACUGAACUUGUUUAAAUAUAAAAUUUUAAUAUUG